GCCCAAACAAAAGCCCCUGUUCUUCACUUUCGAACCAGCCCAGACGCUCCAUUUCUUCCAAACGAAGCAAAAACAAAACAAAACGAAACUAAAAUCAACUCAAAAAUCAAAUUAAAUCAAAGCAGCAAUGGGGAGUCGAUCGAUGAUCGUGGUGAGCACGCCAGGCAAAGAUCUCGUUUACAGUAACUUAGCCUACUGCUCUGCCUCAGAUCUUCGCCAAUUCGCCGUCGCCGGAUCUCAAUCUCGCUUUCUCGCGCUCGUCGGCGAUGUUUUCGUGCUCUCUCUUUCUGCUCAUGACGGUAUUCAAAAUGGCCAAAUUGGACUCAAUUCGAUUCAACGUCGUUAUGCAAGAGUUUCUACUGGAGACAGUAUAUCAGUCAGCAGAUUUUCUCCACCUGAAAUAUUUGACCUUGCUCUGCUUACUCUUGAACUGGAGUUCGUGAAAAAAGGGACUAAAGAAGAACAUGUUGAUGCUGUUUUGUUGGCGCAACAAAUUCGAAAGAGAUAUAGUAAUCAGGUUAUGACUACAGGACAAAGAGUAACAUUUGAAUAUCAUGGAAAUAAUUACAUUUUCACCGUCAACGGGGCUAGCGUAGAGGGGGAAGACAAAUCAGAGAGAGGGAUGAUCACAGAUGAUACAUACAUUGUGUUUGAAACACAAAGCUCUAGUGGAAUAAAGAUUGCCAACCAGCGUGAAGGUGCUAGCAGCAACAUAUUCAAGCAUAAAGAGUUUAACCUUCAGUCUUUAGGUAUAGGUGGAUUGAGUGCAGAGUUUGCAGAUAUAUUUCGAAGAGCAUUUGCCUCAAGGGUUUUCCCUCCACAUGUGACUUCGAAGCUGGGCAUCAAACAUGUCAAGGGAAUGCUGCUUUAUGGACCUCCUGGUACUGGAAAGACUCUAAUGGCUCGCCAAAUUGGAAAAAUGUUAAAUGGCAAGGACCCUAAGAUUGUCAAUGGGCCUGAAGUUUUGAGUAAGUUUGUUGGGGAGACGGAAAAGAAUGUAAGAGAUUUAUUUGCAGACGCUGAACAGGAUCAAAGAUCAAAAGGGGAUCAAAGUGAAUUACAUGUUAUCAUCUUCGAUGAAAUUGAUGCGAUUUGUAAGUCCAGAGGUUCAACUAGAGAUGGUACUGGAGUUCAUGAUAGUAUUGUCAACCAGCUUCUUACAAAGAUAGAUGGUGUGGAGUCUCUAAACAAUGUGCUGCUUAUUGGGAUGACCAACAGGAAGGAUCUGCUUGAUGAAGCACUUUUAAGGCCCGGACGUUUAGAAGUCCAAGUGGAGAUUAGUCUUCCAGACGAGAAUGGGCGUUUACAAAUCCUUCAAAUUCACACAAACAAAAUGAAGGAGAGUUCCUUUCUUGCUCCUGAUGUGAACUUGCAAGAGCUUGCUGCCCGGACAAAAAAUUAUAGCGGAGCAGAACUAGAAGGGGUCGUGAAAAGUGCUGUAUCCUAUGCUUUAAACCGGCAGCUAAAUCUGGAAGAUCUUACCAAACCUGUGGACGAGGAUAAUAUUAAAGUUACUAUGGAAGAUUUUCUUAAUGCCCUUCAUGAAAUUAUUCCCGCAUUUGGAGCAUCUACUGAUGAUCUUGAACGUUGCAGACUCAAUGGCAUAGUGGAGUGUGGCGGGCGACAUGAGCACAUAUUUAAAAGAACUAUGCUACUAGCAGAGCAAGUCAAAGUUAGCAGAGGAAGUCCCCUUGUUACAUGUUUGUUGGAAGGCCCAAGUGGCAGUGGGAAGACUGCAAUGUCAGCUACUGUUGGGAUCGGCAGUGAUUUCCCCUACGUCAAGAUAGUUUCAGCUGAAACAAUGAUCGGCCUCAGUGAAAGCACUAAAUGUGCCCAGAUCGUCAAGGUAUUCGAGGAUGCUUAUAGGUCACCAUUAAGCAUUAUUAUCCUUGACGAUAUUGAAAGGCUUCUGGAAUACGUUGCGAUUGGUCCACGGUUUUCAAAUUUAAUUUCCCAAACUUUAUUGGUCCUGCUUAAACGGCUUCCUCCAAAGGGAAAAAAAAUUCUGGUCAUUGGAACUACAAGUGAGCUGAACUUUUUGGAUUCUGUUGGUCUUCAAGAUGCUUUUUCGGUCACAUACAAUGUCCCAACUCUGAAAACAGAAGAUGCGAAAAAGGUCUUGGAACAGCUAAAUGUUUUCGCAGAGGAAGAUAUUGAUUCUGCUGCAGAGGCCCUAAAUGAUAUGCCAAUCAAGAAGAUAUACAUGGUGAUUGAAAUGGCUGCUCAAGGAGAAGAAGGUGGCGGAGCAGAAGCUAUUUACUCUGGGAAAGAGAAGAUCAAACUUAUGCAUUUCUAUGAUUGUCUACAAGAUGUUAUCCGGUAUUAAAUGCAGUAUCCCUUCUUCUGGUGGUGUGAACAGCAGUUUUGUAAAUUUUGCAUUACGAGAUUAUAUUCAUUUGACUAAUAUCCUUGGUCAAAGUUAUAGCUGGGUGAGGAGUUAUACUCAAGGUGAUUAUAGUUUUGGUGAAGUUAUACUUGAGGUUAUAUGAGUUGCAUGGUAUUCUUCUGAUCUGUUGUGUUGUAACUUAUAAGGACUUAGUUACCCUGUGGGCCGAAUAUUAUUGAUUUAUUAUCAUUCCUCUUUUUCCAGUA